UAUAAGACUACAUAAUUACGUCAUCAUAGUGCGACAGUAGCUUCCUAGAAACGCAGACAGCGCCGUUGUGGGUUUUAUUUUUCAAAUUUAACAGAUUCAACCUUCGAACAUGUUUACGAACAUUGCAGACUACUAGCCUGUAAAAUGUUUAUGCCAAGAGCCCUUAAAGUGAAGAGACCAGCAGAAGACACUAACCUAAUUCUAAAGAAGAAGAAAGUCCAGUUGGAUCACGAAGAUGAGACAAGUGAAGGAGCUUCUAAGACACAUGAUGAACAGGAGUCCAAAGACACCAACAUUGAAGACUGCAGAGUAAUGGUUGAGAUACCAUUGCAAGAAGAACAAAAAGAAGAAGAAGAAGUAGAGAAGGAGUGUUCUUCAAGCAUGGACACCAACAUUGAAGACUGCAGAGUAAUGGUUGAGAUCCCAUUACAAGAAGAACAAAAAGAAGAAGAAGAAGUAGAGAAGGAGUGUUCUUCAAGCAGUGCUGAAGAAGAGGAGGAACCGGUCAAAUCUUUCAAAAAGAAUCAAAGAUGGCCAGAACCAGGAGAACCCAUCUGUGUGAUGUGUGGGCGCUAUGGAGAGUACAUCUGUGACAGCACUGACAACGAUGUUUGCAGUCUGGAAUGCAAAGGCAGCCACUUGGCCCAAAUGGGCUUGGGCACUGGGGUGGAGGUGUUUAAUCAAAAGGACACGAAAAAAGACGAAAAUGCUCAACCUGCUGCAGCUUCUGUGAAUGCACUUGAAUUGAACUAUUCCUACAAGGAGGAUCCAUUCAUAUCUGGUCUCACUGAUGAGCAGCUGCGGCGGAUUAAAAAGGAACUGGGCAUUGAUACCCAAGGGAGAGAUGUGACAAGGCCCAUUGUGGAGUUUGAACACUGUGGCUUUCCAAUGACUCUUAAUCGCAACUUGAAGAAGGCCGGCUACGAGACGCCAACACCUGUACAGAUGCAGAUGCUGCCCGUUGGUCUCAUUGGCAGGGAUGUGAUCACCAGUGCUGACACAGGCUCAGGGAAAACGAUAGCCUUCCUGCUGCCCGUCAUUCUCAAAGCAAUGAAGGAACAAACUCAGAUUGCUCGCAGCCCUGUGGCUCUCAUCUUGACCCCCACCAGAGAGCUGGCCAUUCAGAUAGAGAGACAGGCCAAGGAGGUGGUGAUUGGCCUCCCUAAUAUGAGAACUGCCCUGCUGGUGGGCGGCAUGCCCCUCCCUCCACAACUUCACCGCCUCAAGAGCAGCAUCAAAAUCGUCAUAGCAACACCAGGGCGACUCCUUGAGGUUUUGAAGCAGAAGGCUGUGCGGCUUGAUAGAGUGAAGAUUGUUGUGGUUGAUGAGGUUGACACUAUGCUCAAGAUGGGCUUCCAGCAGCAGGUCCUAGAGGUUUUAGAGCAUGUGGCCGAAGACCGCCAGACCCUACUGGCAUCAGCCACCAUCCCAACGGGGACGGAGGAGCUGGCGUCCCGGUUGGUGCAUGACCCAGUCCGUAUUGCCGUCGGAGAGAAGAACCAGCCCUGUGCCAACGUUAGACAGAUCCUGCUGUGGGUCGAGGAGCCCUCAAAGAAGAAGAAGCUGUUUGAGAUUCUCAACGACGAUAAGUUAUACCAGCCUCCAGUGGUGGUGUUUGUCGACUGUAAACUCGGCGCUGAUCUGCUGUGUGAAGCCGUCGCCAAGGUGACGGGCCUCAACACAGUGGCGAUCCACUCCGACAAGAACCAGCUGGAACGUAAUCGCAUCCUCAAGGGACUUCUGGAUGGUGACUUUGAGGUGGUGAUAAGUACUGGUGUGCUCGGCAGGGGACUGGACUUGGCAAAUGUCCGAGUGGUGGUUAAUUUUGAUAUGCCAAACACCAUGGAUGAGUAUGUCCAUCAGGUGGGAAGAGCCGGUCGUCUCGGCCACAGGGGAACAGCCAUCACAUUUCUGAACAACAACAACAAACGUCUGUUCCUGGCGGUGUUCAACAGGGUCAAACCGACAGGAACCAUCCUGCCUCCACAGCUCCUCAACUCACCUCACCUUUUCGAGCAGCAGAGGAGAGAAAAGCAACAUGCUAAGUUUGGGCCUGGCGACACGAUGGUGACCAAAAAUAACCUCCUUGACAUUAUUAAGAGGCAUGACCGGCGUAAAAAAUAGUUCGGACAGAUAUGCUUCUUCUGAUAAGAGAAUGAGAAUUCAGAAGAGCACAGGCAUUGGACACUGGAGGACUCGAAGAAGGUGUUGUGAACAAACAUUUUUAGUGUAGCUGUUGCAAAAGUGUAUUAAUUAACAAUUAAAUUGUAAAAAGAAUAAAAUUAUUUGUUGGUUGUAUAAAAAAUGGCUUCAUAGUUAUCUUCAUUAAAAAGAACAAUAUGUUAUUAUUAAUAAUCACGUUUCUUACAGUUAAAUUUGUUUUUGAGGUUCAUCAAGGUUCCGUUUUGGGCCCGCUUUAGUCUGUAAUCUAUAUCAGAUAUUUAAAAUGUGUGCAAGAAUAUAUUGCUUCACUAAGCCACCUACUCAGUGGUCUAGGGUUUAGAGUGUCCGCCUUGAGAUCGGUAGGUUGUGAGUUCAAACCCCGGCCGAGUCAUUCCAAAGACUAUUAAAAUGGGACCCAUUACCUGCCUGUUUGGCUCAAGGUUUGGAUUUGGGGGUUAAAUUACCAAAAUGAUUAACGGGCAUGGCAACCGCUGCUGCUCACUGCUCCCCUCACCUCCCAGGGGGUGAACAAGGAGAUGGGUCUUCUCAAGAUGGGUCAAAUGCACCUAGUGUGUGUGUGACAAUCAUUGGUACUUUAACUUUAACUUACGUAGAUUUGCAGACCUGCAUUUUAAUAUCACAUAAUCUUGAUUGCUUCACAAGAGAAUCAAAUUUUUCUAAAUAGUUUAAAAUUGAUAUAUUGUCACUUGAUAAUAAUGAAUAACUAUA